ACAAAUUCCUUCUUGUUCGAUUCGAUGAAUUGGAAGAUGAUUCAAUUUUGGAAAUUGAAGAAUGGAGAAGACGAAGAACAAGUACAGUAUCAUAGUCCCAACCUAUAACGAGCGCCUCAACAUCGCCCUCCUCGUCUACCUCGUCUUCAAGCAUCUCCGGGAUGUUGACUUUGAGAUCAUCAUUGUUGACGAUGGAUCCCCUGACGGUACUCAGCAGGUGGUUCAGCAAUUGCAGGAGCUGUACGGUCACGAUCGCAUCCUGUUGAGAGCUAGAGCUAAGAAGCUUGGGUUGGGAACGGCUUACAUUCAUGGAUUGAAGCAUGCAUCUGGGAAUUUUGUUGUGAUAAUGGAUGCAGAUUUGUCACAUCAUCCAAAGUAUUUGCCAAGCUUCAUCAAGAAACAGUUGGAGACUGAUGCUACUAUAGUUACUGGAACCCGUUAUGUUAAAGGUGGGGGUGUACAUGGGUGGAAUCUUAUGCGCAAACUAACAAGUAGGGGGGCCAAUGUACUUGCACAGACGCUUUUAUGGCCUGGCGUAUCAGACUUGACAGGAUCUUUCCGGCUUUAUAGAAAAUCAGCUCUUGAAGAUAUCAUUAGUUCCUGUGUCAGCAAGGGAUAUGUAUUUCAGAUGGAAAUGAUAGUUCGGGCCUCUAGAAAAGGCUACCAUAUCGAAGAGGUUCCAAUCACUUUUGUUGACAGAGUAUAUGGAAUUUCAAAGCUCGGAGGUUCUGAAAUUGUCGAAUAUCUGAAAGGCCUUGCCUAUCUUCUUGUUACAACAUGAGAUGCAUUAUUACAGUUCACUGCCAUCCGCAUUCAUACUCAGAGAAUGUGUAAACUUUUUGAAGUUACUUAUAUCCUUUUUUAAGGAACUAGUGAUAUGAAACUCAAUUAAGGCCACUAUAAACGGUUUUCAUA